AUGGUACGGUUCACAUUUUUUUUUUUCCAGAUUCUGAAAGGUUCGAAGGAUGUUUCAACUGCACAAAUCAGUUCGGUGGCUUAUGCCUUCUCGUUUUUAUGCAAUCUUUUGGAUUAUGUGGAUGCCCUGUGCCGCGCACUUUGUCCAUCUGCAAUGGCCAGAGAACUUUCUGAGGAUGUUACACUGCCAAACAUCGUUCCAAAACAUAUAGUUACGAAACAAAUGGCUUCGAACACGCGCACUCGUGCUUUACCUCUGUGCACAUUCGCUGCUACAGGUAAAAGAUUUGCUGAGCAGCACUGGUACAAUUGUUUCACGUGUAAUAUGAUCAAUGGGGAAGGCGUUUGUUCCGUUUGUGCCGUUAAUUGUCAUCGUGGUCACGAUUUGGCGUACAGUAAAUAUGGCUCAUUUUUCUGUGACUGCGGAGCUAAGGGUUGCGAAGCCCUCAAAUCUGUU